CUUCCUCUGCAAGGGGGGCGUUUCGGAGCACUGGUCUCCUGGCAACCGUCCGCUGGCCUUGCCGGAGACUGGCACAAGGACACUGACCAAACCAGUUACAGACCGGACUGGACCCUGAACCCGGGAGCGAAACUUGGAAGUAAUACCUAAACCUGCUUCUGGACAUGGUGCUAAAACAGAGAUCUUGCUGAGAGUUUCGGUUACACAGAAACCAUGGUUCGACUGACUCUGGAUUUAAUUGCCAAAAACAGCAAUCUUAAACCCCGAAAAGAAGAAACCCUCGUACAAUGCCUGAAGAAAAUAACACACAUAAAUUUUUCAGACAGAAAUAUAGAUUCAAUUGACGACCUCUCUCCCUGCAAAAACCUGAGUGUUUUGUAUUUAUAUGAUAACCGCAUUAGUGCCAUCACCAACCUGAACUAUUCCACGAAUCUGACCCACUUGUACCUGCAGAACAAUUGCAUUUCCUGCAUCGAGAACCUCAGGUCGCUGAAGAGACUGGAGAAGCUGUACCUGGGAGGCAAUUACAUUGCAGUCAUAGAAGGUUUAGAAGGAUUGGAAGAACUGAGAGAGCUGCAUGUUGAAAGCCAGAGGCUUCCCCUGGGAGAAAAGCUUCUGUUUGACCCUAGGACUCUUCGUUCUCUGGCAAAAUCUCUCUCUAUUUUGAAUAUCAGCAACAAUAAUAUCGAUGACAUAAAAGACUUAGAGUUGCUGGAGAAUCUGAACCACCUGAUCGCCAUUGACAACCAGCUGGUGCAUGUGAAGGAUUUGGAGCUUUUACUGAAAAAACUGAUGAAGCUGUGGAAAAUUGAUCUAAAUGGAAAUCCCGUUUGUCUUAAACCAAAAUACAGGGACAAACUGAUACUGAUGUCCAAGUCCCUGGAAUUUCUUGAUGGAAAAGAAAUAAAAAAUCUGGAAAGACAAUUCCUAAUGAAUUGGAAAGCAUCCAAAGAUGCCAAGAAAGUCAGCAAGAAAAGGAGCAGUAAGACUGAGGAUCCAAGCGACUCCUACAUAAGUAACUUUGAAAAAAUCCAUCACAUAGUUCCUGUUUAUUACCCACAGGUGGGUAAACCAAAGGUAAUCUUUUUCUCUGACGCACAGAGAUACUUAGCAAGUGGAAAUCCAUCUUCAGAAUGUUUCCAAGAAGAUAAAACUAAAAUUACUGAAGACAUGGGGAAUAUGUCCUUGAAGGAAUCUGAAAGCUUGGAAACAAAAAACGAUAUCCACGAACCUCACCUCCGAAACCCAAAAGUAAAGGAACAUUUGUGUGAGGAAAAGGAGUCAGUUCCGCCUGGCGUGAUUUGAUUUCUUCCUAGAACUAGGCAACAGCGUGGCGUGAGGGUUUGUAGAGCGGUUAUCUCGGUGUAUACCUUCUCGUUUGAUUUGUUUCUUUAUUGAAUCUGAGACUUUCCGUGUGUGAAUUCCGGGAUCUAUUUACUUUAUUAGUUGUUAAAUAAAAUUUACCAGGAAAUA